ACUCCGGUGAUAUAUUUUCAGUAAAUAAGCGGCGCUCUAUAUAUACACUGCACAUUCAGGAAGAAAAUCACGUACAAUACACAGUUCGAAUUGAUCAAUUCUCGGACAACAUCGAGCGACAACAAUGUUACUACCGCUCUUUCUCCUCUCGAUACUAGCAUCCGUCAGCGCGAUACCGUACUUUCUACUGCCGGACCUGCCGAUAGACCAGAAGAUACCGGCAAUUAAAGAACUCGAUGAUCCGGAAUUUUGGAAAGCCACCGAGCGAGAUGCGUCACUUACCACUUUAGAAUUAGUGAGCAAAUUUGGCUACAAUGGGGAGCUGCACGAGGUGGUUACGUCUGACGGUUACAUCAUAGAGAUGCAUCGGAUAACAGGACGAAUUAAUUCUACUGACUCGAAAGUGGAAAAACCCGUGGCAUUUGUGAUGCAUGGUCUUUUGUGCAGUUCAGCGUGUUGGGUUGUUCCUGGACCGGAGAAAGGUUUACCUUUCAUUCUGGCAGACGCAGGAUACGACGUGUGGCUCGGUAACACACGUGGCAAUGUAUAUUCACGUAAACACAAGCUCCCGGCUAUUCGAGAGGACGUUUACUGGGAUUUCAGCUUUCACGAGAUCGGCACGCGUGAUCUUCCAGCAAUGAUAGAUCAUGUUGUGAAAACCACUGGCCGCGAAAAAAUCUUCUAUCUGGGGCACAGCCAGGGUACUGCCGCCUUUUUCGUCAUGGCAGCGGAAGAGCCUCAAUAUCAAGACAAGAUCCAGGCGAUGUUCGCGCUGGCACCGGUAGCUUAUUGCGGAAGAAUGAAUAAUCCUAUUUUGCAUUUUCUCGCUUUCUUCAGUGGUACUUUAAACUCACUAUUGGAAUUAAUCGGCGUACACGAAUUUGCGCCUUCUGGUGAAAUCAUGAAAACGUUCCAAAAACUCGCAUGCGCAGAAGACGCUAUCACACAACCCUUGUGCGCGAACGUGCUCUUCUUAAUCGCCGGAUUCAACAAAGACCAAUUUAAUACUACUCUUCUACCAUUAAUUCUGGAACAUACUCCGGCUGGCGCAUCUACGAAACAAUUAAUGCAUUUCGCACAACUUAUCAAGACUGGGCAUUUAAUCACACCGGGAAAGUUUAGACAGUAUGAUUAUUCAUUUUUCGGCAAUUUGAUCAAAUAUGGUACCAUCCAGCCUCCGAAAUACGAUUUGGGAAGGAUUAAAGUGCCAGUUUCCUUGCAUUAUGGCACCAACGAUUGGUUAGUGAAUGUCAAUGAUGUCGAGGAACUAUAUAAGAAUCUUGGCAAUCCAUUUGGAAAAUUCCGCGUUCCACAUGAACAGUGGAAUCAUUUGGAUUUCAUGUGGGCUAAGGAUGUUAAAGAACUAUUGUAUGAUAAAAUAAUAAGUUUGAUGACACAUUUCCAACAAUAAACUAUUAAAAUUUAACGAACUUCUAAAAUACUGCAGAGAUAAAAAUUGUACGAAAAAUCGAGUCUAUUUAUCAGAGGAAUUCUAUUUAUCUUCGGAUUAAUACUUGCGUAAUAAUAUAAGUAUCGAGUUGAAUUAUCUAUCUAUUAUAGAAGGAAUUUUAUAUUGUCACGAAUUUCUUACUAACCUCGAAAUAUUGUUUAUACGUUAUAAGAUAAGAAAUUCGUCACACGUUUAAGAAUUAAGAGAUAUUAAUAAUUUUUUCUACUUGCAUUCUGAAAACAAAUUGUUUAAAUUAGUAACAUAAUUAAGAUUAUUAAUUUGAAAUUUAGAUUCAACUAUUGACAUAGCGAUAGUAAAUAAGUCGCAAUAUUUGUCGAGAUAUUGUCAAUAUCUCUCCUCUUUUCCAAUUUCUAAUUAUCUAAUAUAAAGUAAUAAUAUAAUAAGAUAUUUUAUAUCUUUUUUGAACAAAAUCACAUGUAAUAUAGCAAAAUUUUAAUUUGUAAAUAAUUUUAAAAGACUGAAAAAUAUGUAAAUAUAUAUAUAUUAAAAUUAGUAAUAUCAAAUAAGAGUGCUAUGUGUCGUUGCAGGUCUUUCUUCAGAUGUAUUCUGUAAUGUUAAAGAUCGAAUGUAUAAUGCAGCAAUAAAUAACUGAAUAUUAAUAAAUGUAA